CAAAGCGCGAGUUACUAAUAGAAUCCUAGUGUUUAUUACUGACUGUAUGAGAGGCCUGAGUAUACAGUCAAUUUAACUCUCGAACGUCCCUUUCAUGGGGAUAAAAAGCGAAUUUUCUUUACCAGAAUUGAUGACGCUUUUUACGGAAUCAAUUGUUUAUACCGGCAGGUGUGGCUUGCAGCCAUUGGACUGCCAUUAAAUUAUACAUUAGUGGGUGAUUGUGUGUUUUAAGAUUAAAAUAUAAGUGGUGUUUAGUCUAGCAUGAAAGAUACAAUCACAUCUUCAACCAAACUCUUCAAUUCUCAAAAUAAAGCAGCCAUGGCUGACAGUUCAGAAGAUGCCCGAUAUCGCGGGCCAAACUCAAAUAAUAAUGGUGAUACCAUUAAAUCGAAUGGAUUCCAUAAUGGUGAUGUGGUAAUCCAAGAAGAAAAAGUUGCUUUAAAGAAAAGGGUGGGAUUAGUGAGUGGGAUAGCUCUUAUUGUUGGAACUAUGAUAGGAUCUGGAAUUUUUAUAUCUCCUAAGGGAGUACUGGAUGGUACAGGAUCUAUUGGUCUCAGUCUGAUUGUGUGGUUAGGGUGUGGACUUAUCUCCUUAUUUGGUGCCUUGAGCUAUGCUGAACUUGGAACUCUUAUUACAAAGUCCGGGGCAGAAUUUGCAUACCUGUUUGAAGCUAUGGGUCCUAUUCCUGCCUACAUGUACUCUUGGACAUCGGUCAUUGUUCUGAAACCAUCAACCGUGGCCGUCAUUUGCUUGGCAUUUGCAGAAUAUGUUUUUGAACCUAUUUUUGAUGGCUGUGGACCCCCAGAGCUAAUCAAAAAGUUAUUGGCUGCAGCAGCCAUUUUGGCAGUAACCAUGGUGAAUUGCUACAGUGUAAAAUUAGCUAGUCGAGUUCAAGUGUUUUUCACUUUUACUAAACUAGCAGCCCUUGCUAUGAUAAUCAUAGGAGGUUUUGUCAUGAUGGGUCAAGGAAAUACCCAAAACUUGGAUCCCAAAACAACAUUUCAAGGAACAACAAGCUCAGCUUCAGCCAUUGCUUUAGCUUUUUACGAUGGGUUGUGGGCCUAUGAUGGCUGGAACAAUUUGAACUAUGUAACAGAAGAACUCAAAAAUCCAUACAAAGACUUACCAAGAUCUAUUAUUAUAGCUCUACCAUUGGUUACAAUCUGUUAUCUGUUGACUAAUAUAUCCUACUUUAGUGUUAUGGAUAAAGCUGAAUUAUUAGCAUCAGAUGCUGUAGCAGCUACAUGGGGAGCUCGGGUUUUGGGAGUAGCAGCUAUCAUUAUACCUAUUUCUGUAGCUUGUUCAACCUUUGGUGCAGCGAAUGGUUCAUGUUUUACUGGUGGAAGAUUGGUGUAUGCAGCAGCGAGAGAAGGUCAUCUGCCAGAAAUCCUAUCUUAUGUUCAUGUUAGACAGUUGACACCAUUACCUUCUUUAGUUUUUACUUCCCUGAUAGCUUUAAUAAUGAUUAUACCAGGUGAUAUCUUUACCCUGAUAGAUUUCUUUAGUUUUACUGCCUGGUUGUUCUAUGGUGCCACAAUGGCAGCUGUCAUAAUUCUACGCUUUACUAGACCUCAUGAACAUAGACCAUACAAGGUGCCAAUAGUACUACCUAUAUUUGUAUUGUUAUGUUCAAUCUAUUUAGUUCUUGGACCUAUAAUAGAUAAUCCUCAAAUUGAACUUCUCUAUGCUUUCCUCUUUGUUAUUAGUGGAUUAAUAUUUUAUGUUCCCUUUGUUCAUUUUAAACUGGUCUUACCAGGCAUGGAUACAUUUACCAAAUAUAUGCAGUUAAUAUUAGAAGUGGCGCCCAGUAAAUAUCUGCCACCAGAAUGAGUAGUAGAUUUUUAUAACUUUGUACAUAGUACUAUAUUUUCGUCUUUUGGACAUGGUUUAUAUUUUAAACUUAAGUAUGUGUCCAGUAACACUAAUCAACUUUCAUUACAGAAACAUGGCUCAUUAAUAGUUUCAAUGACUACUAUUUUAGUUCAUUGGAAGCAAGCUAGAAAUUACGAUUUUUUUACAAAAGACAACAAUUUCUGUCUCAAUUUACCCAAUGUAUCAAAGGCGAACAAAAAUAUGCUUCAACAAUUGAUAUUGUGCUUAGUAAUCAGUGGUGGGAAGGGGAGGGGGAAUUUCAUCCCCCUACAUUUAAGAUUUCAAAAGGUUCUAGUUGCAACGUGGACUCCUAAUCUAAGAAGGCGGAGAUUGCAUCUAAAGCGGUUUUGGCAGUGAAAGUAGAAUAAAUUUUUCAUGAAAUUCCCCCCCACGCCACUGUUAGUAACCUUGACCUUCAGUUAUUUUUUUAAAAGACAAGGCGGUGCUAAAUAUUACUCCAAAAUUUUGUUGUUGUAUAUAUUUUAUUUGAUUAAGAGUUGAUAGGAAUGCUGUUUACUGACAAAAUUACUAGUUACAAUCAGACAAAAUAUGUACUCUUAUGCAUAUAUUAGGCCAUUAGAAGACUUAUAUAAGAAACAUUAUAUUGAGUAGACUAAAUGAUGAUGGAUACUGAAUUGUAUGUAUAUUGUUGAUAACCAUUUGAUUCAGCUGAAUAUAUUGUUGGUACAGUUUAAAAUGUGAUAAACCUUUGAACUGUUUUUUCUACCUUCAAAACUAAAGAUUAAUAUAGAAGUAUGUCUCAUACUACUUAUUUUUUUUUGAAUUUCUUCAGGAUUGUUCAGUUAGUAACACAAGCUAUGUAUUUUGCACAAUGCAAGUGUUAACUAUGUACAGAAUUAUGCCUGUGUUACAAAUUUUUAAAAUUAAAGUCCUCUAUCUUGUCAAAACAAAUCUUUAAAAUAUAUUUACAUAAUGAAAAGAAAUAUCCAAAGAGCAGCUAUACUGUAUUUUAUUUUUCUAAAAGAUAUCUAUCAUAAUUUUGUGAAAUAUUUUUAAAUUUGUAUUCAAAGAUUUUAGUUAAGGCUUCCAAUUGGUUUUCCAUAUUUGAAUUUGUCCCAAAUUCUUUUUUAAAAUCCAAUCUUAAAGUUUGACAGGUUUUUAUUAUUGCCAAAAUUGCAAAUGUUUAAUUCCAGAAAAAAUAACACCCAAUCUACUAAGAAUACUGAUCUAGAUAUUUUGUUUCAUGAUUUUUCUGUGGGUUGAUCUAUUUCCCAUCCAUGAUCUGUGAGUGGAUAUUCUUCUUUGAAUUGUGUUUAGUUGAAUAUUAGUCAUUAGUUUUACUGAACAGUCAAUAUAAAAUGAUGCCUAAUAAUCAACAAACAUGAAUUUCUGAAGUCUUUCUUGAACAGAUCGUUUCAUUGGUUGGAUUUUUUAAUGACCUUGAACUAUAGAUUUGUAUGUUAAUCAGAUUGAAGAUGUUUAAUGAUCAUCGAUGUGCCUUAGUAAUAUUAAGCAUUGAUUAUAUGUAGUAAUGGUUUUUAAUUAGUGUUCAGAAUUUAAGUUCAGAAUUAAGCAGUUGUAUGAUGGAUAUAGAGAAUCCUAUUGGGCUAUGUCCCUGCAUUGAAGUACUUUUAAAAUCAUAGGUUCACAUGAGUAUUUAUUACAAUUUAAUAAUAGUAACCAAGGCUUAUAUUUUCAUGUAUAUAGGGGUUGACUAUAAAAUAACAAUCAUUUGUAUAUAAUGGUAUUGUUGCAAUCAUUUAAUGGUAAUUUAUUUGCAUGGUUUUGUAGAAAUAUUUCCAAAAUCUGUAUACACACUGCCCCUGAGACCUAGAGGAAUCCAUUCAAAGCAAGUGAAAUAUUUAGAUGUUGAAUAAAUUUUAAAAAUUUGCUUCUGCUUGCAAAGAAAUAUAUAUUAUAAGUAAUGUUUGAUGUUUGAAACAUUUGUAUAUACAUGACAGGUCAUAACAUAACAUAAUAUAUAGGCUGGCUCUAGUUUAUUUUAUACUCAAGUUUUAUAAAUUACUUGUUGGAAAGCUUUAUGUAUUUAUAACAAUGCAGUUGAUUCAUUGAUUUUUUUGUUAAUACCUUUUUUGUUUAUAAUUUUUUUGAAACAUUUGACUAUUAAUGAAACAUGGCUGAGCCAUUUUUAUUAUAUUUUAGGAGACUUAAAAGAGGUGUUCUAGCCAUUUUAUUUGUAUCAACUUCAAUCUGAAUCCAUUCAAAUUUUCCAACCAUCUAAGGCGUCUUCAAUUCUAGAUGAUGAUGUCACCAUUCCCCUUUAAUAUAUGUGAUAUUAAUAUAUUAUGACUUUAAUGAAGUUUUAUGGAAUUACAUGGAUUAUAUUUUAGAAUGGUUAAAAUAGGUUGCACUCGAUUAGAGAGUUCUGAACAGUUUCCAUCUGUUCCAAUUCUGCCCUCAAUCAAAAGGUACUGAAGCAGAAUAUGUCACUUUCAAAUUUUCCCAUCUAUUUCCUUCUCUGCCAUUUGAAUUCUCUGUGCACCAAUUGAGGCAACCAUAUUUUUGGCACAUGUAGAAUGCAUUCUGAACUCUUUGCCAAGUAUCCAUAACUCGCCAAUCGAGCAGCCCCAUAGAAGCUACCUUGAAUACAAUUACUACAUGGUGAAACAAAUGAUAUUAAAUGAGUCUAGCUUGACGAUACAUGUUGAUAUAUGUACAUUAACAAAGAUUAAAAACAUUGGAAAGUUUUAUUGUUAAAUGUUUGAUUAUGUAAGUAACAUAAUAUAAUGUUUGCAAAGAUUUGUGAUAUACUGUAUUUUAAUCUGUUGAAUAAAAUCUAUACAUACUACAA